AUGGCAGCCCCGGCAACUCUUUCUGCCCUUCUGGAGCAGCUAACACAGUCCCUAUCGUUAACUCAGGAGGCUACACCCGCUCUGUCCACAAUCGAGCAUCCUAAAGAUGGAAUCUCACUACUAGAUGUGAAGAACGAGGUGCUUCUGUCUUACCUAGAGAACCUCGUUUUCCUCAUUCUGCUCAAAAUCCGAAAUAACAAGAACCCGAAUAGCACGCAAAAAGACGACAAGCUGGACGAACAAGUCCGAUCAAAACUUGUUGAGUUACGGUUGUACCUAGAAAAGGGUGCCCGCCCGCUGGAGGAGAAGCUCAGAUUUUCGAUUGAAAGAUUUCUUCGCACCGCGGAUGAUGCUCAGCGCGAGGAGCAACUGAAGGACUUACAGAAGAAUGAAAAGACAGGCUCUGAAAGCGACGAAGACGAGUCGGGCUCCGGAUCAGACGACGAGGAUGAAGAAUCAGAAGCCGAGCAGCAAAAGCCCCAGAGUACUAUACGAGGAAAACAAUCUGCCGUCCCCAAAUUCGGUAAUUUGGUGGAUGAUGUAACUGCGCGGCCUACGCAACGAGACGGCGCUCCGUCUGGAGUCUACCAACCGCCCAAGAGAGAUCGCCAAGUCAUGGAUACCGGCGCGCGCAGAGAAAAGGUCGAUCGCCGGCCCAACAGGUCACGAACCAUGGAAGAGUUUGUCAACAUGGAACUCUCAGCCGCCCCCAUGGCUGAGCCCAGUAUCGGUACCACAAUUGUGCAGGGCGGCCGCAAGACGAAGACGACGGCCGAUCGCGAGGCUGAAGCGGAGCGCCGCGAGUACGAAGAGACCAACUACACACGUCUACCAAAGGAAAGCAAAAAGGACAAGGCAAAGAAGGCUAGCCAAGACGGUAGCAGCCGUCGCAUGCAGUUUGGUGGCGAGGAGUGGCAUAACCUGGGCGAAGGCGUUGAUCGCAUUGAUCGCCUCACCAAGCGCAAAGAGGGAGGCAAGGGCGCCAACGUCCGCGCAAUGCUGGACAAGAGCCGCAAGCGUGAUCGCGAAACAACAGAUGGGCCCAGAGGUAGCGGACACGCGGGCGGACACGAGAUUGGUGAGAGAUUUAAUAAAAAGGUCAAAAUGUUGGAGGCGGGCCGCAAGAGCAGAGGGAAAAACAGGUAG